GGAGGCUGCCCGGGAGGAGCGCGAGAGCUGCCCCGCGCUUCUCCGCUUCUCCUCAGGGGUCCGCGGGGGUUCGGAGGCGCGAGGAGAGCGGCACGCGGCCAUGGAGCGUGGCGGGAUCGAGCAGCCACCGGCCGGGGCUCCGCAGAUAGAAACAGAUGACCAUACAGCCCUGGUUAGUAAGCCCAGGAAUAAAGGAAGAAAUGGUGAUCUGGCAUCAGCUGGAUUUAACAUUAUCAACUCCAUCAUAGGAUCAGGUAUUAUAGGACUUCCCUAUUCAAUGAAAGAAGCUGGUUUUCCUUUAGGAGUACUGCUUCUGUUUGGGGUUGCCUAUAUCACAGAUUAUUCCAUUAUAUUACUGAUCAAAGGAGGAAAUCUCUCCAGUACCAACACCUAUCAAGAGCUGGUCAGAAAAACAUAUGGUUUUUUAGGUUAUCUAAUUCUUUCAACUCUUCAGUUUUUAUAUCCAUUUAUUGCUAUGAUUAGUUACAACAUAAUAACUGGAGACACUUUAACUAAAGUGUUCUUGAGAAUUCCUGGAGUUGGAUCAGAAAAUGUGCUUGUUGAUCGUCGCUUCAUAAUUCUUUUUACCACUAUCAUCUUUACCUUGCCUUUAUCUUUGUAUCGUGACAUAGCAAAAUUGGGAAAGGUAUCUCUUGUUUCUUUGCUUUUAACCAUUGUCAUCCUGGUUAUUGUGAUGGUGAGGACAGUAACGCUCGAUCCACAGGUACCCAAAUCAGAAAAUGCAUGGAUAUUUGCAAAAUCAAAUGCAAUACAGGCCAUUGGGGUGAUGUCUUUUGCAUUCAUCUGCCACCAUAACAGCUUUUUAAUAUAUGGCUCUCUGAAAGAACCCACAUUAAACAACUGGUCUCGAGUCACACAUGUGUCUGUUUUACUUGCUGUUGUUAUCAGUGUACUGUUUGCUGCAUGUGGAUACGUGACUUUUACAGGAUACACAGAAGGAGACAUAUUUGAAAACUACUGUAGAGAUGACAACCUUGCUACGUUUGGAAGGUUUUGUUAUGGAGUUACUGUAAUUCUGACCUUCCCUCUAGAAUGUUUUGUCACUAGAGAGGUGAUUGCCAAUGUAUUUUUCCACGGGGGCCUCUCAACGCUUUUCCAUAUUGUUGUGACAGUAAUGAUCAUUGCUGUGGUGACUGGUGUAUCGUUAGUGUAUGAUUGCCUUGGAAUAGUUUUAGAGCUCAAUGGAGUUCUGAGUGCUACCCCACUUGUUUUUAUCAUCCCAACAGCGUGUUAUCUAAGGCUGUCUGAAGAGCGAUGGAACCAUUCAGAUAAUCUCAUCUCCUGCCUGAUCCUUGCUGUGGGUGUGCUAGUGAUGACAGCUGGGUUUGUUUUGACUAUCUUGCAUCCCCAGGAAUGUAGCCAUGGAAAAGAAAUGUUCUACUGCUUUGCUAGUAAUGUUUCUUCUCACAACAGUACACUUCCCCCAUAGGUAAUGCUCUGAUCUCUGAACUAGAUCGGGGCAUCUUCCAGCAAGCCAUAUGUUCCAGUUUAAACAUACCUGGAACAAAGAUUUUUGUUUUCAUGUGCACAUAACUAUAUUUACCUACUUGAUUUUUAUACUGCCAUCCUGUUUCAGGUAAAACUUUUAACUUCUGAAGCAGAAACUCUCAGAGGUGCUUUGCUGUGGAUAUUACUUGUACAACUGACAAACCAAUCAAAAAGGCUGUGUUUUUUGUUAGUAAGUCACCAAUACAGCUUAAAAACUAGAUAAAAUGUAGAGAAAUGUAGACAUCUCCUAUGUUUCAUUGCUUUAAUUAUUUUUAUUAAUUUUAUAAUAAUUGUAUAUUCAUUAAUACACUAUAGUACGGAGGUUUUUUGCCAUUCUGAGAGAAAAUAUGUAGGUCUCUCUCAUGUAUUCAACUUGUGCUGUCAAAAUGAAAAACAUCUAUUAAUUCUGCCUUAUUUUACAGUAGGUGUUCUUUAGAACUGAAAGCAUACCUUGUACUGGUGCU